AUGGAUCCUCACACAGACCAGCACAAGACCGAUGAGGAGCUUGACCGCGACUGGAAGCCCAGCGGUCGUCGGCCACAGUCUGGUCAGGACAAGGAGCAUGACCAAGAGAACACCCCAGCUAACGGUGACGCCAAUGCUAGGACCAUGGCGCGCUCCUUCUCCGCCGAGCUCAUGGACAUUUUCCGCAUCGAAAACUCGGUAUCCGAUCUCGACUCUCAAGUCCACAAGAGGAAGCACACCGUUCAGCAGACCACCACAGAACUCGCAUCGCUCGAAGCGCGCCUGAAGGAGAUGGAGGCUCGUCUCAAGCACUCCCAGGCUCGCAUGUCCAUCUCAGGCACCAGCUUCCGCCCUUCCGAGGGCACGCCCUCCGACAACAACCACGGCAUCCCCCCAUUCAACCCCAGGGACGAGUCAUCAGCACCAGCAGUGGCAGCAGCAGAAGACAAGGCGCGCUCACGACCCGGCACGGCCAAGGCGACGCAGCAGGCACCAAGCUCGGGCGACAUGCCUCCUACACCAGGAGCUAGCGAGGAUGGCGACCGCGAAUAAGCACCCCCGACUGCGCACAACGACACCCGAAUCCCCAACCUGGAGCGAGUAUUCUGCUGAGCGAUGGCGUAUCGUGAGGAGCCACCACCACGACCAUCACCCCUUUGGGCUCCUCCUUCUCUGGCGCGAGGCGGCCCUCAUGCCUCGAUAUCCUUUACGCGAAUGAGCCCUUAUUCUUUUUUUUUUUUCUUGCCACAAACAUACAUUGCAUGGGAUGGAGGCAGGAAGUCCCGGUGUCCAUUCGCUUAUACAUAUAUCCCCUACGGCGUUGAACGGUCUGCUUUCUAUCAUCUCAUUCUCCACGGCGAGCCAUUAUACCAUUCAUCUUCGAUCGCUACACCUCACCUGAUGUGACGGUGUUUGUUAGAGCGUUGCACGCGUAUUCGGAGCCGAUACAAUUUUG